AAUCAUAAAUUUUUAGACUAAAAGUGCAUCAGUAGUAAUCAUUUUGAAGUGCAUUCAAGUCCAUAUACUGCUAGUCGCAGUCGGAAGUUAGAAUGACGAUUUUUAAGCUUGAACACUUCCCUCACGUCUGCCGGUCCUGCUUGCAACCGAGAGCCAAAGAAGAUAUAACCAUACUGAGCGAUUAUAGUGAAAAACACGGCUCAAAGCUGAUUGAUCUUUUAGACGAACUAACAUUUCCGAUUCCAAAGGAAUUAUAUGCUUUAACACCUAACGGCAUAUGCUCUCCCUGUUUAGAGGAUCUUGACCGCUUUUUGGACUACAGAAAACGUCUAAAUUAUGUGCUGAAAUUUAUCUUCGGCCUGGCCCAGGUUAAAGCCGGCAACGUUACUACCCUAAAGGAACUGUUUGACGACGAUAAUGAAUACAUUCUUUCGCUACUAAAAGAGCUUCAAAUUUUGGAGAAAGACGAACUUCGGUUAGAUGAUUUGCUGGGUGAAUUCUCCAACUACGAAAUUAGUUCGUUGACAGAUGUUAAAAAAGAAAAUGAUGAUGAUUUCAACGCGGAUUUCCUGGAAGAUUCGUUAGUGAAGGUGGAAGUCGAUGAAGGAGGAAUGCUCGUUGAGUAUCUGCACACGCCAGUAAAGCGCAAAAGAGGGCGCCCGAAAGCUAAAUCCGGCGCUAACUCGAAGGCAAAAAAGAAAGUUGGCCGACCGAAGAAAGUCGUUGAAACUUUAGACGAUGACGACACAUCGUUGGAUCACUCGCUAAAUGCAUCUGACCAGUUUCAGGACGUUGUAGAUGCGGAUGCCUUGGAGGAAAAUGAUAUGAUAAUCGAGCGACUCUCGAACGCUUCGGAAGGUUUCGCUGAUCAUGAUUUGACGGAAAUGUUGGAAAACACUGAUAGUCAGUUCCAGGAUGAUAUCGAUUCUGAUGGCGAAUUUCAGCUGGAUGAAACAUUGCUAACGGAAAGCCAACCACGGAAGCACCGCUCUACCCCUCGCGGCCAAAAGAAAGGCGAUCUAAAACAGUGCAGCAAGUGUAAAUUUAAAACCUACUAUCCAAAGACACUCAAAGCACACAUGGACAAGCAUUUACAGAGAGAGCAUUAUCCUCACAUGCAACGUUGCAAACGAUGUGACUUACAGUUCGAAACGAAAAAAGAGCUGGACAAACACAAGCGUCUUGAGCAUCGGGACUUCAUGUGCGACACUUGCGGGUUGUCGUUUGAGCAGAAGUUUGCGCUGGAAACGCACCGAAAGCGUCAUGAAAAUGUACGUCAGUAUAAGUGUGAAUACUGUCCUAUGGAGUACUACACUCGACCGGAAAUGCUACUGCACGUAAAACAGGUCCAUCUGAACGCCUUUCAGGUCAAGUGUACAGAUUGUGGCCUAAGCUUCAAGACGAAAUCAACCCUUAACCAGCACAUCAAAACUCACACCAAUCAGCGUACGCACACAUGUAGCGUAUGCGGUUACGGCUUCAAGUCAUAUACCCACUUGAAUCGGCAUAUUAAAUCGGUCCAUCAGGACGUCCGAUAUAACUGUGAACACUGCGAGAUAUCCUACGGUCGGAAGGAUAAACUUCGAAUGCAUAUGGAAAAGGUCCACAAUAUUCAAACCUAUUUCGUUUGUGAAAUUUGCCUUCAAUCCUACAAUGCAAAAGAUAAACUGGACGAACAUAAAGCUCAUCACGAAAAUCCAAAGCCACUACAGUGUGGUAUUUGCUUGGCUGCUCACAUGUCGCAGGAUGAAUUCGACAAUCAUCUUUGCAUCACUUAUAAAGAAAAUUACAUCUGCUGUAAUCGAGACUUCAAAUAUCAUUUUUACUACAAUAAACACAUGUUUCUGGCUCACGGUAUGAAGACAAAUGUGAGAGUAAAACCAACGGAAGGUCUACUUUUGGGACAGGUUCGCGCAAUGAGGAAACAAGCUGAACGAUGCCCGAAAUGUGAACAGGAAUUCCCUACAAGAAAUCAGAAGAAGCAGCACAUGAUUUCGUGCCGCGGCCCGGACACUGAUCUGGCAGUACACUGUGUGAACGAUGAUUCUUCUGUUAUUGUGCCAGGUCCAGCGUCGACGGCGACCUCUACCACUACCUAUGAAAUUGAGUUGAUUGAGCAUUACGAGAAUAAGGACAUCGUCCUGCACAAGGUCGAAGCCAUCUGAAGCGGUCGUGGAAGGUGGAAAUGGAGAAAGGACCUUGCUGAGGUAAAUGACUAAUUUACGAUGUUAGA